CCGCUGCCUGUCAGCUGGUCUGGUCACGUGGUGCGAGGUGGAAGGUCGCUGUGCUCACAAUGGAGCUGUCGGACGACUUGCAGAGGGCUUUGCACCGCUUAGCGGAUUCGGCCCGAUUUGGCCCCAAAUCUUUCGUCGCUCUUCUCCGGGCGGCCUUCCUGAGCCUGACCGGGGAGCAGGCCGCAGAGGCAGCCCUAGACAGCCCCGAGUUACGGCACCUUGACCCAGCACACGUUAAGCAGUGCCAUGCAGCGGCUGCUACCUGUAUACUGGAGGCUCUGAAGCACCAAGUAGACAGACAGACACUCAGCACAUUCCUGGAAGACUGUAAAUUUGACAAAGAAAGAUCAGAACAGUUUUGGGCAGAAUACCAGAAACACAAGGAUUCUCUAGAAAUCCUCCUUGAGAGAGCCCUGAUCCCAAUGAGAACUCCGAUAUUCGUUUUAAUUGCUCAAUGGAACAGUUGCAGGGUCCCUCAUUUUACAGCCACAAUGCAUCGCACAACCAGGAUCAAAAUUACCGAGCUAAACCCCCAUCUGAUGUGUGUGCUGUGCGGGGGCUACUUCAUUGAUGCAACAACCAUCAUCGAAUGUCUACAUUCCUUUUGCAAAACGUGCAUUGUGCGUUAUCUGGAGACUAGCAAAUACUGCCCCAUCUGUGAUGUCCAAGUACACAAAACCAGGCCACUGCUCAAUAUUAGGGCAGAUAAAACUCUUCAGGAUAUCGUGUACAAACUGGUGCCAGGCCUUUUCAAAAAUGAGAUGAAGAGAAGAAGAGACUUUUAUGCUGCCCACCCUUCUGCAGAUGCGGCAAAUGGUUCAAAUGAAGACAGAGGGGAGGUAGCAGAUGAGGACAAGCGGAUCAUUACAGAUGAUGAGAUUAUCAGUUUAUCCAUCGAGUUCUUUGACCAGAACAGAGUGGAUCGUAAAGGCGGCAAAGACAAAGAAAAAUCAAACGAAGAGGCUAACGACAAGCGGUACUUGCGCUGCCCUGCGGCGAUGACGGUGAUGCACCUAAGGAAGUUUCUGAGGAGUAAAAUGGACAUUCCCAGCAACUUCCAGAUCGAUGUGAUGUAUGAAGAGGAACCUCUGAAGGACUAUUACACAUUAAUGGACAUUGCUUAUAUCUACACGUGGAGAAGGAAUGGACCUCUUCCUUUGAAGUACCGAGUGAGACCCACCUGCAAAAGGAUGAAGAUGACCCAUCACACCGACAGAUUAAAUAACACCAGUGGGGAGCAGGAAAGUGACUCUGGCAGCGAGAAGGGAGGCAGCCCAGCAGGAGCAAUUCCUUCUACCUCCUCUUACAUGCCAAGUCCCAAUACCCCGGUACAGUCCCCACAUCCACAAUUUCCUCACAUCUCCAGCACCAUUAAUGGAACCAGCAACAACGCCAGCACUAACCACCAGAACCCCUUCACCAACAGAGCACGGAAAAUGUCCCUAAACGGGUCAUCUGCCACCUCCUCUGGCUGAAACCCUACCUUGGGGUCAAAGAUCCGGACAGCACACCAAUUUCUAGACACAUUCAUGCCAUUUGCAGCUUUAUAGAUGCUCAUAGGUGUGACUUUUUUGUCCAAGUUGCUUACUUUUGUAGUGAAACCCGAACAUGGCCAUGGAAUGACUUGGGUUAUUAUUCUCUGGACCUUGGAAUGGAUGACUAAGAAAUGUUUUUUUUUCCUGUUUAUACUGGCUACUAAAGGAAAUAUCCUAUAUGGAUUACGGGGAAGACUCUGGAUUUUGGUCUAUACAACCAUGGAUCUACAGAAUAACCGGCUAGGACCUUAUUAGGUUAAUCCUGAAGGCCUGGGACAUGGAGUACAUCUGUUCUGGUUUGUUUGGACCUCAUUGGAUGUGUCAUUCAGUGCAGAGGAGCAGCUGUGGGCAGUCACUGCUUUGUGAAUGGGUUUGAGCCAUUGUGGAUGGAGUUCAGAUAUAUGGUGGAUGACCUUGACUUUGGUUUUAUCUUCAAAUCCAGAUAAACUGAACCCGUGGCAACCUUUGUUCUUGUUCUAUUGAUGUUUAUGUGGACGUUUAGAGAGAGCUCUGUGGUCACCAAUCCAAGUGCUUUAACAUCCACCUUAAAGAAAUACAUAGAAACUCAUCUAUGUAGCCAAUUCACUGUGAACAGAGGUUUCUUGCGUGUCAGCCAUGCUUAAAUAUUUUUCCAUGUUUUUACCUUUUCUUUUCUGACAUUGUCUAAAGAACUAAUUUUGCUGCCAGAAAAGUA